AUGAAAAAACUUCAAGCAUUUAAGCUUUGUUUGAUGGAGUGGCAAGACAGUUUGGGGUUGCUGCUGGAUGUCCUUUCAUCCUCUUAUCAACUUCUAAUUUUUUGGAGGGCUAAGAGGGAAGAUGGAAUUCUUGCUGGGAUUAUUUUGGACGAUGGGCAUGAUACCGAUGUGGAGUGGAACCAUAUUCAAGAAUGGAAGUGCUGGUUUUUAGAAGUCGUUUCGAAAGCUGUUUGUUUUGAUCUUGUGGUAGUGUUUGGCACUGUAUUGGAGACUGGAUUUUUGUCUACAAUAUCAGUUUUCUUUGUUUCUUCUCAACUUCUCGUUGGAAGUUCCCCCUUUCUCUCCCUACUCUUUCUUCCCCCUCCUUCCUCGAUGUACCCCUUUAUCGAGUUUCUCUUUAAUAAUAUUUUUGCCAUUUCAAUAAAAAAAAGACAGUUUGGGGACAUCAACACCAAAAUCCAAACCAUGGAGGAAAAGCUUCAUUUCUUGGAUACUGAAGGGAAACUAAGACAACUUGCCAGCAAUGAAAUUGAGGGGGAAAAAACCUGAGGGAAGAAUUCUGGAAAUUAUUGAAGAUGGUAGAAAGUAUAUGGAGACAGAAAGCAAGAAUGAGAUGGAUGAAAAUGGGAGAUAGAAAAACAAAAUUUUUCAAAUUCUGGCAGACGACAGUAUCACAGAAAUCUCAUUAGAGCUAUCAAGACAGAGGGAAGGGUGCUAGAAGAACCAAAUCAUAUCAAAGAAGCAGCAAUGAUAUACUUUUCAUACAUUUUCAAAGAGAGAUAAACAAGAUCAACUUUGGGUGGUACUUUCCCAAGAAUGAUGACUGCUGAGAGUUCGAGUAAUUUGUUGCUUCUUUACCUUUGAUUUUAUUUGCUAUUUAUGCUGCUGCUUUAACUCCUCUAACUCAGUCUUAUUGAGGAUUUAUAAAACGUAUCAUUCUAAACACAGAACAAAAUCUCUCUCAUAGAAUAUUAGCAGUGCUUAGAUUGUUGUUUUCUUCACCUAACCCUUUGAGUUGACUUAUCAAAGGCUACUUCUAGAAAAGAUUAUAAAGAACUAACUUAUAAACUUACUUAAAAGAUAGAAGAGAUCAUAGUUCAUUGGAAAAUAGGACAACUCUGAACUAUGCAUUCAUGGUGAUUGGAAAACCACCAUGAUCAGAUCUACAGCCUUAGAUUGGUUUCUUAACAAGAUGUGCUUACAUCACAUGCUAUAGAUAGCACAUGCUUUCCAUCCCUGUGCAUGUAGUGUGAACACAAUCUAACGGUAGAUCUUCGUACUUUGUUUUGGUUCAGUAGAAUAAGAACAAUUAAUCUUCCUAAGUUCUUGAAUUUGAAUCAUAAAAUCUUCAAUCAUAUUUUGAAUCAUUAAUGUUUAUAACUGUGUGGAUUUGCCAUCUGUUGCGAAUCAUUUCAGAUGCUAGAGAAUAGCCCAACAUGAAGUAAACCCAA